AUGCGUUGCAGACCUCAUUGCUUUUUGUGCUUCUAUUGCACAGUCUACGCCCUAAUAUUCUUCCUCAUAAUUACCUCAAUAAUCUUCUUGAUAAUAACCUCUCCCUCAAGCGUGAAAUUCCAUAUAACCGACGCUACUCUUACCGAGUUCAACCUCACAAACAACAACCUAUAUUACAAUUUCAAAGUCAACAUGACAGCACGAAACCCUAACAACAACAUCAUAGUCUAUUAUCGAAGAAUCACCGCGAUUGCUUGGUACAAAGACAAUGAAUUCAGUUAUGUGAGUUUGGUACCCUUUGAUCAAGGACACAAGAAUACAUCAUAUCUUGGGCCUAUAGAGUUCAAAGGGAACCGUGUGAUUAAUCUAGGACGUAAACAACUUGAUGAGUACAGCGAAGAGACGCGUCUCGGGAUUUACAAUGAUUUGGCUGUUGAUUUGGAUGUUCGAAUUAGAGCUAAGUUUGGAAGCUUCUUUAAGAGUGGACGGUUUAAUCCACCGGUUGUGCAGUGUCGUCGUUUGACCAUUCCUUUGAUUUCUGCUAACUCAUCAUCUUCAUCAACAACAUUUUCUUUUAGUGAGAGAAGAUGUAGCAGCGCUUCUUUCUUUACAGAUCGUGAUGCAGAAGCAGGAGCUUGA